CUUCUACACAGCUUCACGUUCCACACAAUUUAGGUUUUCGACAGACGAAAAAAAAUAUCGUCAGAGUUGCUAGCAUGGCUACUUCGCCGCCGCCGAAGCGUAGGCGGAAAAACGCAGGCGCAAAGGUCACACCAUCGUUGCCGUUGCUGCCGCCUGUGGUCGUGUUCGCUCACGGAGCCGGUGCUCCUUCGUCUUCUGAUUGGAUGAUUAGGUGGAAGGAGUUGUUGAAGAAUGCUGUGGGUGCUGUUGAAGUAGUAACUUUUGAUUAUCCGUAUUUGUGUGGUGGGAAGAAGAGGGCUCCUCCAAAGGCGGAGAAAUUGGUGGAGUUUCACAAGGGUAUUGUUAAAGAGACCAGUGAGAAGUAUCCUAGACAUCCACUGAUUCUGGCUGGCAAAUCUAUGGGAUCAAGAUGCUUACCAUGGUCUGUGUUUGGUUUUGAUUGCUGUAGGGUGAGCUGUAUGGUGUCCGCCGAGGAAGACAUUGCAGCUUCGGCGAUACUAUGCUUGGGAUACCCACUCAAGGGUAGUAAGGGAGCGAUUCGGGAUGAAACACUUGUGCAACUUAAAGUCCCCAUCAUGUUUGUUCAGGGUAGCAAGGAUGGCAUGUGCCCGCUGGAAAAGCUGCAAGCAGUUCGCAAGAAGAUUAAGUGUGAAACUGAGUUGUAUGUUGUAGAUGGAGGAGACCACUCCCUCAAGGUAGGGAAGAAGCAUCUACAGGCAAAUGGGUUAACCCAAGAAGAAUCUGAAAUGAAUGCUUUGGAGGCCGUUGGCUCAUUCAUUUCCAGUUGUCUUAAGCCGUAACUAGAAAAGGUUCCUUUUAGUAACUUUCGCCCCCCCCUUUUGGAAAUCCGACAUCCAUGGUUGCUUAGCUCUUUGGUCUUUUGGCUGUAUGUGUAGAUAAGUUAAAGGGUCUGUAGAUGGGUGUUGUUUGUUUUUGCUUUCUUGUUGGAAUCACCGUUGUUGUGUAGGGUUGUGUGAACUUUGUAAUCUUGGCUUUUCCUCUGGCUGAGUGGCUGUGGACUUUGACUUUGUUAAAGGAUUUUACCUCCGUACUUUCAGGCUGUAGGGGUGGUUAAAUUGGUCGGUUAACCGAACUGUUAAACACAAAGGCG